GGUAGUGUCAGUUAGGAAUCUGAUUCUUUUGAAUAAACUCCCUCACGGAUUGCACCUGGUUGUCCAUGUACGGUAGCAUUCCAACCAUGGUCUUCUCUAUUUACAUUACCGCUGCCGGCCGGGGGGAUUGUGGUGAGCUUUUUGUUCUGGCUCACAAAGGCAUAUUUAUUAUUUUCUCCACCACCGCAACAUGCCCUGAUGCUGAUAACCUCCCUUCGCUUUCCAAAUGCUCCACUCACCAAGGCCUCCUCUCUCUGCAUUCGCACUCUCCACUCUCGGCCACAGCGGCCGCAGGCGACCGCAUUGCAUACAUCCUGUGCCCCUCCUGCCUGUGGACCCGCACUGAGACCGGAUCGAAGUCGUACCCUCCAAUACCCAACCAUUAUCGAAGGUGCAGUGGACACAGCAGCGAUGAAGGCGACCAUGGAGACAGAAGUCCUCCCCGUAGACCCGGAUAAGCUGGGCAAAACAUCGUUCUAUUCCUCGGGCGACCUGAUUGAUGAAUUCACUAUUGAAUACAACGACGCUUCGCAGGACACGAGAAACCUCCGGCGCGCCGCGCACGAGCUGGCCGAGUCGGAUAUUCCGGUCGCUUUCCCUACCGAAACGGUAUACGGUCUCGGAGCCGAUGCGACACGCAGCUCUGCGGUAAAAGCUAUCUAUGCGGCCAAGGGACGCCCUUCGGAUAACCCCCUCAUUGUGCAUGUGCAUUCGCUUGCGCAGCUGCGGGGACUUCUGUCUGGCUCUCACGAGGGUAAGGUCCUGGAGAAGGAAGAAGGUAGCAAUGGACAUGGCAAUGGGCAGACGCAGGAGAACAUUGACCCCAUUCCCUCCAUCUACCGACCCUUAAUCCAGAAGUUUUGGCCUGGUCCUUUGACCAUCAUCCUCCCCAACCCUUCAACGUCCCAUCUCGCACCCGAAGUCACAGCCAACCUCUCCACCUUCGGCGCCCGCAUGCCCCGCAGUAUCCUCGCCCUCGCCCUCAUCCGCCUCGCUGGCUGCCCGCUCGCUGCGCCUUCCGCAAACGCAUCCACCCGACCCUCCCCAACUGCCGCCGAACACGUCAAGGACGAUCUAGACGGUCGUAUACGCACCAUCGUUGACGGCGGACCCUGCGAAGUCGGCGUCGAGAGCACAGUCGUAGACGGCCUGUCCUACCCUCCUGCCAUACUCCGUCCCGGCGGCAUCGGCAUCGACGAGAUUCGCAAAUGCCCCGGCUGGGAAGAUGUCGUCGUGGGGUAUCAAGACGCGCAUUUGGAGGAUGCGGCGAAACCUCGUGCGCCGGGGAUGAAGUAUAGGCAUUACUCGCCCACGGCGAAGGUGGUGCUGGUGGAACAUGAUGCCGCGGAUGGCAAGUCGGAGAGAAGGCGGAGGGAGAUAGCUGAGACGUACUUCCGGGAUUUGGAAGAGGGGUUGAAGAUUGUAGGUGUGAUUCGGACGAGAAACUGGUCAUUGGGUAUGGGGUUGCCUUUCAUCAGAAAAGAGAAGACGUGGAAUGGCCAAGAGCAACUGGAAGACGAUCAAUUCCGAACCAAGAGGUUCAGGCAGGAUCCACUAUUGACCAAUCUCCAACGCUCCGUCAUCCAGCACCACGUCCCUCGCGCCGAGCAACUAACCAUUUCUCCGGAAGAAGCACGAUCGACCUCCUUGAAGGUAGUGUGGGAUAUCAACCUCGGUGGAGAGACAGACGGUGUUGCUCGCGGCCUCUUUUCCGCGCUUCGAGAGUUGGACAAGAAGCGCGUCGAAGCUAUUUUCGUGGAGGGUAUUGAUGAUACAAAGGGUGAUGAUAUCGCUGCGGCAGUCAUGAACCGGUUGAAAAAAGCUGCUGCUGUACGGCUGUAACCAGUGAAAAGGGCUUAUUAUAGCGCACCAGUGGAUUUGAGGUCAUGGGAGGAGAUGAUGAUGGAUAAGCGCGAUUCGCUCUCACAUGUUCAGCAUCUAGCGAUUUGAAAUAGAGGAAGUCCAUUUGGACCGCCGGCAUAGAAGUCCGAGAUUUGCACAGCGUUUCGAGCACCUAG